AGUUUACUCCAAAGAAUGUCUUCAUACUUCUGUCUCCACAGCAACACGGAUGUGCACACAGUAGCAUCACUUCUCAAACUUUAUCUCCGAGAACUUCCAGAACCAGUUAUUCCUUAUGCGAAGUAUGAAGACUUUUUGUCAUGUGCCAAACUGCUCAGUAAGGAAGAGGAAGCAGGUGUUAAGGAAUUAGCAAAGCAGGUGAAGAGUUUGCCGGUGGUCAAUUAUAACCUCCUCAAGUAUAUUUGCAGGUUCUUAGAUGAAGUACAGUCCUAUUCGGGAGUUAACAAAAUGAGUGUACAGAACUUGGCCACUGUCUUUGGCCCUAAUAUCCUGCGCCCAAAAGUGGAAGACCCUUUGACUAUCAUGGAGGGCACUGUGGUGGUCCAGCAAUUGAUGUCAAUGAUGAUUAGCAAACAUGAUCACCUUUUCCCCAAAGAUGCAGAACUGCAAAGCAAGCCUCAAGACGGAGUGAGCAACAACAACAAUGAAAUUCAGAAGAAAGCCACCGUGGGUCAGUUACAGAACAAAGAGAACAAUAAUACCAAGGACAGUCCUGGUAGGCAGUGCUCUUGGGACAAGUCCGAGUCCCCCCAGAGAACCAGCAUGGACAAUGGAUCCCCCACAGCUCUGUCUGGCAGCAAAAGCAACAGCCCAAGGAACAGUGUUCACAAGCUGGAUGUCUCUAGGAGCCCCCCUCUUAUGGUCAAAAAGAACCCUGCCUUCAAUAAGGGCAGCGGGAUUGUCACCAAUGGGUCCUUCAGCAGCAGUAACGCAGAAGGUCUUGAGAAAGCCCAAACCACUCCCAAUGGGAGCUUACAGGCCAGAAGGACCUCUUCACUGAAGGGAUCUGGUACCAAAAUGGGCACCCACAGUGUACAAAACGGAACAGUGCGAAUGGGUAUUUUAAACACCGACACGCUUGGGAACCCAGUGAACGGUCGCACCAUGAGCUGGCUGCCCAAUGGCUACGUGACCCUGAGAGAUAACAAGCAGAAAGAACAAGCGGGAGAGUCCGGCCAGCACAACAGGCUCUCUACCUAUGAUAACGUCCAUCAACAGUUCUCCAUGAUGAACCUCGAUGACAAACAGAGUGUUGACAGCGCCACCUGGUCCACCUCCUCCUGUGAAAUCUCUCUCCCUGAGAACUCCAACUCCUGUCGCUCCUCCACCACCACUUGUCCGGAACAAGACUUUUAUGGGGGGAACUUUGAGGACCCUGUUUUGGAUGGACCCCCACAGGACGAUCUUUCCCACCCUGGGGACUAUGAAAACAAAAGUGACCGUAGGAGCGUGGGAGGUCGAAGUAGUCGCGCCACCAGCAGCAGCGACAACAGUGAGACAUUUGUGGGCAACAGCACCAGCAACCACAGCGCACUGCACAGCUUAGUGUCCAGCCUGAAACAGGAAAUGACCAAACAGAAGAUAGAGUAUGAGUCCAAGAUAAAAAGUUUAGAACAGCGAAACUUGACUUUGGAAACAGAAAUGAUGAGCCUCCAUGAUGAACUGGAUCAAGAAAGGAAAAAGUUCACAAUGAUAGAAAUCAAAAUGCGCAAUGCCGAGCGAGCAAAAGAAGAUGCUGAGAAAAGAAAUGACAUGCUUCAGAAAGAAAUGGAGCAGUUUUUUUCCACAUUUGGGGAGCUGACAGUGGAGCCCAGGAGAACCGACAGAGGAAACACGAUAUGGAUCCAGUGAGCCUGCUUUCUCCUGCUGGACUGGGGGGUUCCGGGGGGAACAUUACAUGGGAUCAGGUGGCUGGUCACCUGGCUGUAUAAUGCUCUAACUGGUGAAGGAAUAUCAUUUUCAGACAUGACCCAUCCUUAUCUGCAAUGUGUACCAAAGUUAUAUCAUGCCCCAUAUGCUACUGUCAAGUGUUACAACUGGAUAUGUGUAUAGAGAGUAGUUUUUAAAAAGUAAACUAAAAACGAGAAGCAUAUCUCAAGAAUUAUUUUAUUGCAAGUCUUGUAUUUAAAACGUUGAAUCAAUAUGUUGUUGCAAUUUAGCUUGCUUUCAAGCAUCACCCCUUGCACUUAACAUAAGCUAUUUUUGGCAUUGUGUUAUCAUCAGCUUAUUUUAUAGAUCAAUAUUUUUAUUUCCCUUUUUGCUGAGGAAAUUAAGAUAAGCAGAUAUAUAAAAAAUAUAUAAAUAUAUAUAAAAUGAGUUAUUAAAAUCAAAAGAAUACUCUGUGGCUGUGCUGUUUGUGCCAAUAGAACUUACCAUGACCAAAAAAGAGAAAUGUAAAUAAUUUUAUGAAAUAUAGAAUUACCCGGAAACUUUGAACAGCUCUUUAAAUUCUUCCCUUGACAUUGCUCAGUUUUCUUUGUGAGAUGAUUUCGCACAGACUGUGUAAGAAAAUUCCCUUCUCAAGCCCCCUUGUCUGCCUUGCCAGUUCCACAGAUGUAUGUCUGCUAUGCAGAAUGCACCUUAGAGGGGGAAAAAAUGGGAAAGAAAAGCAUUUCAGCAGUCAUGCCUUGUUACUCUGUCUUUCGGGACUGAAUCUCUGCAACUGCUGGGUGGUUAUGGAGAAAUUCUUCCUGCCAUUUGGAAGCUGUGAAACAACGUUUACUAAACCGCACCCACGUGAGCACCUGCCCUCCCAGCAGUGAAACAAACAGUAGGCCUGUGUCCCUCUUGGUUAAACGGCUAGUGUGUGUGUAUCACAUAGUGACAUUUUUCUCUCACCCAGGCUGACCGUUCUGUUGUCACCUGGGAUUCUCUCUCAACGCCAGCAAGCAAAGGUAUUCUGCAGCGAGAGAGGGGUGAUGGAGCGAAAGGGGUCCAGAAGGAGGAGGAGACAUGUUUAGAAGACAAACAAUUUUGCUUCUAAUUUUUGCAUUAUUAUUCCUCCCUGUUGAAACAUAUCCAUUCACAAUAAUCUUAAAACACGAAUGCUUAAAGGCCCAUUUUGAGCCAACUUGUGAACAUCAGUAAUGACAAGCCGCUAGAGAAGCUCAGGUCCCUGUGGGGCGUUUGGGAGCCCACAUGUCAGCAAGACAAGGCUUUUGAAAAGCCAGGCUGAUAAAGCUUUCUCACACAAGAACAAAAUGUCACAAAGGCAUAAUUGGAAAUAAAUACUACUUGAGUUCAUGGGA